AUGUCCAUUAAUAAUAGAGGUUUAUCGAAAGAAUUCUAAGAGCGUAUUAUUAAUGACUUGGGCAUAGUGGAAUGCAUUGAUUAUCACGAUGGAACAUGCUUGUAUGCUUCUUUAUUAAGACUACUUUAAUUAAUCCCAAAAUCAUACAAAUACUAUAUUCCGAUACAUCUAAUUCCAUUUCUCAUCUUCAAAAGGAAGAGAGUGAUGUAAAGACCUGUGAAGACUAUUUCAGUUGCAUUUUAUAAUUAUGCCAAAUCAGUUUUAUUUGUAUCUCUUUACGUUGCCAUUUGCAAAUAUGUCCUAUGUAAGCUGAAAAACAUUCGAUAAAAAGUAGAUGGUUGGAGUCCUGCCCUUGCAGCAUCAGCUGCUUGUUCAGCACUUUUCUUAGAAUCUGAAGGCAGAAGACAGGAAAUAGCAUUAUUUAUAUUCCCAAAAUCAUUAGAAACUGCUUGGAGAUUGUUAAAGAAGAGAGGAUACGUAUCAAAUAUUAAAGGUUGGGAAUUGUUCUUAUUUGGUCUUGCUAUGGGUAUCAUCAAUUAUUUCUACCAUUACGACGAAGCAGCAAUCAAAUCCACUUACCUAACUAUAUUCAGAAACUUUUGGGGAGUGGAUUGA